AUGGACAUGGCGAGCCGCGUUUUGGAACGCAGACGUCUGGUCCAGCAGCUGCGCAAAGUCGCUGCCGAUGUCAGCGCCGACCAGUGCCGCGACGAUGCGUCGCGCCAGAAGGUGCAAGACAUGAUGGGUGCUAUCCGCCGUGCAGGUUGCUCGCGGGACCGCUUGAAGGAUGCGGAGGGCAUAUUCAAGAAAUACGAGUCGACGUUCGCCGUGGCCAAGAGCGGCGCGAUUGACGACGCCGCGGCGCCCGAGUGCGAGGCCUCUGCGGGGCCGGGCAAGUUCCGCAUGCGAGGCGCCAGCUUCUUGCUCACAUACAAUUGGCGGUUCUACGAGAAGCCUCUGCCGGACGGCACGCCGACGCCGCAGACCGAGAACGACUUGUGGCGGCUGUGGAAGCGGUGGAAGGCUGCUGAAAAGAAGGCGCUCGGGGUGACCCAGAGCAGUUCCACGAUGGAGCAAUCCCUGAAGAGCUUGCAUAAAGGCCGCGUGCACUUCCACUGGAAGUUGAAUCUGAUGAAGCGGGCCAUUGACCAGACGACCACUGACUCUUUUGAGUUUCAUGGCAUACGGCCAGACAUCAGAGCCACCGUCGUGCCCGCGGGCCUGCGCCAGAGGAAACUCAGAAGAGCGUCGUACCAGGAGGCCAGUAACCGGGGCCACUUCUACGUUGUCGCUAACAAGAUUGGGACGCUUCGCACAAACCACAACUACAAGCCCUGGGUCCAUUAUAGAGUUGCAGGCAAGUGGUUGGACGACCUCUGGACGGACCGCAAACUUGACCAUGCAACUUAUUUGGACUUAGCGCUACAGGUUCGCGUUGGCUUCGCCAACAGGAAGCGCGACCUUGACAUGGUGCUCCCCAGAGAAGCGGACAGCAGGAUCGACGAGACGAUGGCGGAGGUCGGCAGGAAACUUGACAAGCUGAAGGCGCCCUUUCGGACAUUCCCUGAGGUCACCGCGUGGGAGGGCGCCUUCCCGCUCCUGGACUUCAGGUGGAAGCUGUUGGCGCUCGUCGCCGAUAGCGCUUCGGGCAAGUCCAGCUUCGCGGGAAGCCUCUUUGCCAACCCCUACGUGCUCACGGUCGAGGACGUGGAGCACCUGGACCUGCACGGCUUCGACCGGGAUCUGCACGACGGGAUAGUCCUAGACAACGUGAACACUUGGCAGCAGCUCCUUUCCUGGAGAGCGCUCCUGCAGGCGCGGAACGCCAAGGCUCGCGGGGGCCAGAGUGCCACGAACAUUUACGCCUACACGCAGUACCUCUUCGGGGUUGCGAUCGCGGUGACAGUGGACUUGGAUGCGCCAGACGCGCACUUGGCCGACUGUUCGCACCAGAAGAGGUCCAAGUGGCUGCGCAAGAACUGCGUCUUUGCGAGGCUCCCCGCAGGCGAGGCAUUCUACGACAAAGAUAGGGUGCCGACCAGGAAAAAACAUAACAAGUAUUCGCUUUUUGCACAGACCGUGAAACGCCGCCGGAUUGCGGCCGCCGCGGAGGCAUAG